AUGAUAAAUUUAGAUUAUGAAGAUGCACUUAGAACUGCUAAAAAUGAAAGUAGAGCUGAAGGUAUAGCUGAAGGUUAUAAUCUUCAAGAUAUUUCAGAUAUUACAGGGUUAUCAGAUUUAAAAGUUGAGGAAUUAAGUAACAAUAAUAAUUAUUUGACUUUGAGAAAAUAG